AUGGAUACGGCACAGGUGUUCUUGGAUCAUGUCAACGACCUUACAGACCUCGAGCUGGCUGUCCUCCUCAGCCUCGUUGCCCAGCAUCACUGCAUGGUAGUAGGCAGAGAUGAUCUACUCGAUGAUCUGGCAUCCGAAAUUGCAUUGAUAGUCAGAGACAUGUUCGGCCUCUCGUACAUAAUACUUGAUCGAGAUGACCUGCAGUCUAUCAAUACCUUUGGUGCUGCCAUUCUGGAUGAUGAUAACAAUGAAUUCGAUGAUAUGCCGUACGAAUCUGAUGUUGGUGUGGAGAGCUCGCGCAUGCUCCAUUCAAAAUUAGCCUCUGUAAAUUUCCGCGCAGGAUCUUCAAGCCUCAUGGAUCGCCCGGAUUUGGACACAAGACAGGUUGUGAACGUCAUCAUCGCCAAGGACUUCAACCUCGCUCAUGAAGACGUGCAGAUCCAGGCUCUCGAGCUUAUUAGGAAGCGGAGAAUAUACAGUCGAACGACGGUGCAUCUCGCGCCCACGGUAUUCCUGCUGCUUCCACUUGUUGCCGCCUCUUCCAAGCAUAUCCGAUUGAACAAACACCUUAACGACCGCAUAUUCAUGUCCCACUCUCACUCGCCAGAAGAUGGUUUUCCCAAUCUUGAGGAGUUAGAUGACGCAGUCAAUUCCGAAGACCACGACUCCAGUUAUUCCUAUUCUCGCUCUCCGAGUGCGAGAAGGCAGCAAACGAUUGCGAAUCGUCGAAUCGGCGCAGAGUUGAUCGAACAGCUUCGUGCCCAAGGCCAUGCUGCGGCAAUUACCCCGGAUAUUCGAAGAUAUCUUCAGGAUGUUGUGGCAUUUCUUCGGAUGGAGAGAGGGGUUGACGGCGGUAUAUCGCCGUAUGCGACAACGCUUUUUCUCGCCCUGGCAAAGUACCUCGCUCCAUUCCACGGGAUUGACUAUGUUACGCCAUCGUUAGUCGCAUUGGCGGCAAAGAAGAUAUAUGCGCAUCGAAUCAUCAUGGCCACUUCCAGUCGCGAGCGCAGCACUCAAUACGGGACUGACCUUGUGUCUGCACAAGACCUUUUGAAUGACUUGGAUCCAGACAUUGUGAUCCAAAAUGUCCUCGAUACGAUUGAGCGUCCUACAUGA